GUGAUACUUACACAAAAAAAAAACACCACCAGUAAUAAAGAUAAAGCAACUUCCAAAGACGAAAUGCAUUUCCCGGUUGAAUCUCGACAAACCUUCAUCUUUCCCCCUUUCAUUCUUUUUUGCAUUAGUCUUUUGAGGUUUACCUCCUCCUUCCAUUUCUUUUCAACAAUACUAUGGCACCCAACGUGCAGACAAUAGCCGAUUUAACAACAAGGACGAGAGUCACAACUGGUGAUGUUCCACCUCCAUUGGUAGGGGCAACCACGACGGUAAUCGGCAACCAAAUGUUUGUAUUUGCUGGCCGUUUGGUGACUACAAGACGAAUGACCAACGAUAUGUACAUUUUGAACCUGGAAACAUUGGAAUGGACAAGAUUUAUCCCACCUCCUGGAGCUGAGCGACCACCUAGGCCGAGAUAUUUCCAUUCAGCCAAUGCUUAUGAUAACCAAUUGGUGAUAUUUGGAGGCAUGGGAUAUUCAAGAUCUUCCGAAGAUGGCCUAUGUGCUUUGGACGAUGUGUGUGUAUUCGAUGUAGCAAAGAUGGAGUGGCGCUAUGGUAGCAUUGCACCAACAUUGUACAACGCUAGAGCACGCUACGCACAUCUGUCUAGCGUAUCAGGCAACUUACUCGUUAUCGUUGGCGGACAAGAUAUGAACAAUCAAUACAUCCCGGAGAUCAAUGUCUUUAACAUCGAGAAGUGGGAAUGGAUUCAGGUCCGAACUUUGUCAAAACAAUGUGGCGCGUACCGCUCCGUUUGCGUAAGCGCUGAGUUACCUGCUGGAAUAUUAGAAGGCGAUGCGGCAGCGGCUGGAGAUUAUGGAUUUGAAGAUGUUACCACUCCGACCUCUGGAAAGAGACAAGAUUCAUUGAAAAGUGGUGUUUCUUCCGAUGUUAGCGCAAAUUACCGCAUGUCGUAUACGCCGGUAGCCACAUCCGCAGCGAAGGACUCUCACUCCCCCAUAUUCUUAUACUCCAACUACAACUUCACGGACGUACAACGAGAAUUACAAAUGUUCGCACCUCCCAUCAAAACAUCACAGUUCCAACUCAAAGAUCGCUCCAACGAGAUGUCAGGCACAACGCUUCCACCAGGUCUUCGAUUUCCUUCUGGCCAUAUGCUAGGUUACCAUAUGAUAUUAGCUGGAACGUAUUUAACACCUCAACACCAAGUCUUUCAGCUAUGGUCACUCAACAUUUCAAAUCUAAUAUGGACAAAAAUGGAGACUGGUGCUUCAUUGUCCACUGGAUCAUGGAACCGAGGUGUUCUGCAUGAAGCCGCUAAUCAAUUCCUCGUAUUUGGUAACCGAGAUCGCUCCUUACUAGACGACUACAACCAUCGUCAAACCAAUUUUGAACACGUCGUUGUCAUCAAUACCGAGUGCUUUGGCAUAUAUCAACCCCCCAAACCUUCAUUUGCUCCCGUCGCUCAGGAAAUGGGUCUGAGCAUGCUCAACGAUACUGGCAUGGCGGACUUUGAGAUUUUGACAAGAGAUGGUGUUACAAUUCCCGUGAAUUCUAUGAUAUUAGCGCAGAGAUGGCCAUACUUUAAAAAGUUAUUAGAGACAAGCAAGGAAGAUCUCGAGAUUGACGAAAAAGAAGCUCCCGAGUCUCCCAAUACCCCACCCGCUAGCAGAAAGGUUACUCUGUCACCGAACCGAAGGACCAUGUUGCUGCCAGAACCUUACUCCAUCGUGUUUGCACUUUUGCAGUUCUUUUACGCUGAUAACUUGCUAACGGCGCAACAGCACCAACCGAACGUUUUGGCGCAAUUGCUAAUUCUCUCGGAUAUGUAUAGCAUCCCUCGACUGAAGAAACUCGCUUCCCACGCUCUGCAUCAAAUGUUGACGCUGUCUACUGCCAGUCUGAUCUAUGAAACAGCUGCCCUAUCAAAUGAACAUCCCUUGCAAGUACGCGCACUGAAAGUCAUGAUCAAUGCUAAAAAGGCUAUGGCACUUCAAGCCGCGGCUAGCCAAGCAUCCAGUCCCACAACUCCCAAACCCAACAAUUUGAAUCUCUCCUCGUUAUCUAUCAGCAUGCCACGAUCCGCUACACCCAUGUUAAACACCGGUUUGAACACCCCCAGCACACCCUCUUACAAACAACCAUCAGAGGCCGGCUCGUCCUUCUUUGAUUUUCCUGCAGUCGUUCAACCACCCGUUACGCCUGUGGCUUCACCUCCACCUCAACCUGGUACUUUCUUUAGCUUAUCAUCGUCCAAACCAAAAACUCCACCUGCUGCAUCUAAAAAGGCCGCCGCAAAUACCACGAAAGAAAAGGACUCAGAUUCAGUCAGCGUAGGCACAAAGAAAGGAAAAGCCAUGACCCCAGCUGAAAGAAGGAAAGCUCAAGAAAGGCUUCUGAAUAACUAUGGCCCUGCCAACAUGUCCUUCGGUUUUUAAAAAACCCAUACCUUAGUGCGCGAAGCUCGAGUUAGCCUCUGUGUCUGGAACACUGUGGUCAAAUUUCGCUUAUGGCCCUACUUUUUCACCAUACCCUAUAUCAAAACUUUCUCUGUCCCGUCCUUUGUUUUUCUCUUCUUAUCUACAUCUUACAUACCACAGCAUAGUGUGCUUCAAUUAAAAAAAUUACAAUCGACCUUUAUAAACACAUAGCAUGAGACGUGCCUGGC